CCUGUAAUGUCCACAUUGGACAUCUAAAAUAUCAAGAAGUUUUUAAUUUUUUGUAAAUUUGAAUUAUUUAUUCAUGUCUUCGAGUGAUUAGUUGAAUUGAAAAAUAAUAAUUAAGUGCAAAUUACCUUAAUUAACAUCACAGAAAAUGGCAAAACCUGGAACAGAUCUUGAGCCUGAUCAAAAAGACAAGAAAAAAGAACGUGGCAGAGACCGCAAAAAACGCUCUGAAUCGGGCUCUAGUAGCAGCGACAGUCGGAGCAGUUCUUCUGACAGUAGUUCGUCGAGUUCGAGCAGCUCCAGUUCAGCUUCAUCUUCACGCUCUAGCAGUUCUAGUUCAGAUUCAUCCAGCUCAUCCAGUGGACAUGAUAGAACUAGGCCAAAAAGACGUUCAAGGUCUGAGACAAAAAAAGCCAAAGCGAGCAGUAAAACGCGCAGCAAUGACAUCAAAGAUAAGGAUUUGAAGGAGAGGAAAGAGGACAGAGAAAAAAACGAAGCUAAAAAAGAUGACAAAGAAAAAGACAGAAAACUGUCGCCAACUAAAGAAAAACCUGCAAAAGACUCAAGAAACCGUUCAAGAUCCCUUUCGGCCCGUAAACGCCGCAAAAGAUCCCCAACCCCGCGCCCCACAAAAAUCCAUAUCGGCCGUUUAACUCGCACAGUCAACAAAGACCACAUAAACGAAAUUUUCGGCGUUUACGGCACCAUUAAGCAUGUUGAAUUCCCAAAAGACCGCAACCACUCUCAUUUAAGCGCCGGCUACUGCUAUGUAGAGUACAGCAACGCUGACGAAGCUGAAACUGCCAUGAAAAACAUGGAUGGUGGUCAGAUUGAUGGGCAAGAAAUAACUGCGGCUCCGGUUUUGAUUCCCAGGCCUAGACCUCCACCUCCUAGGCGGUCACCGCUUUUGCCUGUUAGAAGGGGGAUGAAUUAUAGGCGCAGUCCUCCGCCAAGGUAUAGGAGGCGUUCACCGCCUAGGAGGAUGAUGAGGAGUCCGCCUAGGAGGAGGCCUCAUUCUAGGAGUCCUAUUAGGAGGAGGAAGAGGUCUAGUUCCAGGAGCAGUUCGCGUUAGAAUUGGGAAUAGUUUUAAUUUACUUAUAUAAUAUGACUAUGUAAUUUGAUUGAAUAAAGUUCAUUAUGUAAGAAAUAAAUAGGAAAAUAGUUAUUA